AUGCAGACCGAUCAUGUUCAUUCUGGAAAUGGAUACGCCGCUGCAAACAAUGAGUUCACGACGGUGAAGGUACUGGACACGGUAGUGGCACUCUACGACAGUCCAGACUACUCCCAUGGAGGGGCCCAGAACCCGGCUAAGGUGGCCAGAUAUCUUCAAUUCAAGGAGAAAGAGGUCAUUUACAUAAUAAGGAAACUGGAACACGGUUGGUGGGAUGGACUGAUCGUCAACUCGCCGGUGCAGCCGUUUCCAAACAAGUUCUACCUUGCAGACCACCCGAUGGAGGUCCACAGAGGCUGGGUGCCAUCCAAUUUUGUCGCUCCACUGAAAAUCCACAGGAGAAACCAUUCUGCAGGCCGGAACAGGAGGUCCUACAGCGUGUCCUCGGGCACAAGCAGUUUAAUACACAACAAUAACACUCUAGUGGAGUUGAAGUCGCAGAUACCGAGCAUCGACGAGAGAGACACGACACAGACUAAGCGAACUAUUCCAAAGAGCGUCCAUAGCAGUGACAGCAUCAAAGACCAGAAUAUUUUCCCGCUUUCGCAUGCAAUCGACACAGACACGGAGACUGCUAGGGAUAACGAGGACGCGAUACAUGUUGAUAACGCUGACUCGUUGAGGAAUAGUGAUGACGGGAUGUUCAUUUCUCCGAUGAAUUCAAAUUCAGGAACCCAGCGCAUAUCUGCGUCAGACCCAAACUUGGCGCUGCAUAAAGGUCCUAGUAGAUCACCGUAUUCUGGUAACUUCUACAACUCGAAAAGUAAUCCACUCAAUACUGCAUUUAAGCAAAAUAAUCUCUUUCAGAAGACAAAGUCAAAUCAAAGGGACACCAAGAAUACUGCAAUAAUUGAAGACUCAGCAUAUAUUAGAAAUAAAUUUGAUAUCACCACAUGGAAGGAUCUUUACAAUGCAAUACUGGAAAACAUCACAACAUUAAAUAAAUACUACUCUCAGGAUUGCACAAGUGGUGCGAAUUCCAAUGACAGAGAAAUAGUCUACCCUGCAGUGGCGUGGAUAAGCCUAGAACAACUGCAUUCCAAAUUUAUACACAUCAUGAUCUCGUUCAACUUGAUUACAGGUAAAGAUUUAGAUAUCUCAGAGGAAAAUUACAAAAGUCUUAAAAGAAACAUUAGAAUAACGUUAAGGAAAAUCACAUUUCUAAUAGGUAAAAUAUCAUUAAACAUGUCAUUAUAUUUAAAUUCAGCGAAUUCGAACAAUGAAAGGGAAAACGAUGAAGAACAAUUAUAUUACGGGUCAGGCCAAAUAGCAAUCAUAAUAAAAACUGAAUUGGAAGAGCUGACAAUGCUCCUUAAAUUUCUCUUCAGAUUAAUAACUUUGAAUAAAUAUAGCGUUGAUUCUAGUACAUCCGAUAUGGACUAUGACAUGGAACAUUUCGAAACAACCCUAGAGAAAUUAAACAAUUUAGUGAAAUUGCCACAAAUUGUACCGAGGUUUCUCAAAGAUUCUUUCCAUGGCGGGUCAUGGAUCAAUCCAUUCUCAAUUAAAUCAAAUGAACAGUUUUCAAUGACCGAUAAUUCUAAAAGGAAUAGUUAUCAAAACCAAUCGAAAUCAAUGAGAUUUUCAACAAUGACAAGAGGUUCACUCAUCUCCUCGAUUAACUCUACAAAGUCUUCAUCUGUAGCAACUCCAAAAAAAAUAUAUUCAUUAAAUAGAGAAACUUUAGAAGAAGCUACAAGGAGAGCCAAUCAAAUUAACGAUAAGGUCUUUGCACAUGAUAGUGAACACAUCAAUAUUCUUGAUGAACCACAAUCAAUUAAAAGAGAUUUAGAAAUUAACCUGAAGGCAUAUGAUGAAUUUAAUUCGAAUUUAUCACUAAUUGGUCUAUUAGAAUUAUUAGAUCUAUCCUUCUUCUAUAAUUUGUUAGUCAUUGUGGAUGAUUUUAUUAAUAAUGAUAACCGCAACAGUAAUAACUCCUUGGAGUCAAGAUCGAGUAAUUCUGAUAUAGUAAAUGACGUUGAUAGCGAAUAUGACUUUAAAUUAAAUUUGGACAUGGAAACUAGAGAUUUUUUACUACAAUCAGUCGAAGUCAUCUCUGACCUGUUAAUCGAUUUUUUUGACAUCAAACAAUCACUGCACAAUAUUAUUACAAAAAUUAUAAUGUGUGCACAGCAAAUUACAUUGAAUGACCCAUACACUUUUAAUUCAAUGAAACCAAACCAUGAUCCUGAUUUUUAUGAACCUAGGUUGUCAAGUCAAACCUGGAGCAAAUCUUUAGAAGGUAACGAAUUAUACCAGACUCUAGUAGAAAGAGACGUUGAGAACAAUGACAUUGCCUUUUCAGAUUAUACAAAAGUUUCGAAAAGUUCUUGUCAACAAUACGCCAAAUUGGCCUCUCAUUGUUGCGUUUAUAUAGGUAAAUUAAUACAAGAAAGAGAAUUACUAUUGAAUUAUGCUGCCAGAACAAUGAAAAACGAUUUACUAAAAGAACUAACAAAAGAUGAAGUUACUGAAGCAAAUUGGUUUUCAUUUAAUGACACCUCUUUAUUACCAGAUGAUAACUCUAAGGACAUUAAUAAAGUACUGGAAGAGCAGAAGAAUUAUUCAUGGUUUUUACAAUUAGAUUAUGAACGUGAAUUAAUUUUAGAUAACCGUGACAGAAUUAGAGGUGGUCCAAUUAUUGCUUUAGUAGAACAUUUGGCGAACCACCAAUUUAUAGACACACGGUUCAUAUUAAUAUUUUUAUUAACGGUUAAGACUAUUUUCAAAAAAAAAGGUAGUUCGAGAAUUCCUGAAAGAAUAAAAGAGUUUUUAUUGUCUUUAAUUUACAGAUAUAAUCAAGAAGCUCCAGAUGGUCUAAAUUAUGAUGAAUACAACAAAUGGUUACAAGGAAAAUCGUUUGAAACCAAAGUAAACAUAGUUAAGAUUUUAUUAUUAUUCUUUUCGAAUUUUUGGACUGCCGCCUAUUUCGAUUCGCAUAUCAUGAAUGAUGAUGCUAAUAAUUUAUUUUUCAAAUUUGUUAAUUUUACUGUUUAUGAGAAUAUACCAGGUUCAUCAAAUUUAAGGGACAUAUAUCUGGAUAUUUGUAAAAAUCAAGGUGUAACUGAAAAAAGAGAGAUUGAGCUAUUAAAAAAUUUUUACGAGGAAGAAGACAAUAGAUUUUUUGUUGAAAAUAUUCAUACCGAUACAUCCAAGAUAACAAAUUUUGCGACAGACAGACGUAAUGAAAUCGAAAAUUCUUUUUCUCAUUCACCAAUUGUGAACAUCGCAAGAUUUAAAUUAGGAAAAAGAUUAAGCCUGUAUGAGAUGGAUCCUUAUGUAUUUAGCACUCAACUUACAAUUAUGGGAGAAGAACUUUAUUCAGCAAUUUCUGCAUCUGAUUGUAUUGACAGAAUAUGGUGUGAUAAUAAAAAUAAGUGUUCGAAAAAUAUAAGUGAUUUUAUUUGUUUUGCAAAUACGUUAACAAAUUUUGUUUCAUAUUCCAUAGUUGAAAAAUCUGAUAUAAAGAAACGUAAAAAAUUGAUAGAGUUUUUCAUUGAUGUUGCUGAUAAUUGUCAUAAAAUGAAAGACUUUUCAGCAGUAACGGCUAUCAUAUCUGCCCUUUAUUCAUCCUCAAUUUAUCGAUUGUCGAAAACAUGGAAGUUAGUUCAGUCUAAUUAUAUUGCUAGGUUAAAAAAGUUGAAUGAACUGAUGAAUAGCAGCAAAAAUUUUUCAAACUAUAGAGAUGCGUUAAAAUCCAUUAAUAAGUCAACACCUUGUAUACCAUUUUUUGGUAUAUUCUUAUCUGAUUUGACAUUUAUAGUCACUGGCAAUCCAGACUUUUUAGAUCAUGAUCAGCUAAUUUUAAAUUUCCAAAAGAGAUCGAAAAUUUUUGAUAUUACAAAUGAAAUAAUUAAAUUUAAGAAAAACCAGUAUAAUUUAUCAAAAGUCCCAGAAGUUUAUAACUAUAUCCAAGAAAAAAUAGCUAAAUGUGCCUCAUAUUGA